GGGAACUUCUUGGAGUCAUUAUUUCCUGGUUUUUUAGUUUGCACUAUAAGGAAAGAAAGGGAAACACACUACGGUUUGUUUCGAAUUCACUGCAUUAGCUGCUUUUGGCAUAUGUAGCAAAGUUGGUAUGAUAUGUAACUCACAUAUGCUCAACAAACCAAGAAAACACCAUAAAUUAUCUUGCAAAGGUUAUUAUAUAUCCAUCAUUCCAUCAGAAUUGAAGGAAAGUUUAAGGUCAAAAUAAUUGGAGUAAAGAAGGGAUGGUAGACCGGAAUGAGAUGGCUGGAGACGAACACUAUAAUAAUUGGGUGGCCACAAACUUUGGAAGUGUGAAUUGGAGCGCCGAAAACCAAAGGAUGGACGGAAAUGUUGCCGGAAGUUCGAUUCCGAUCAACCAUAACAGAGUUGAUCAAUUUCACGAGAAUGAGUUUCUUCUUCAAAACCACCGGCCUUCUUUCACCUCCGACUAUUCUCCAUGCUCUGUUUUCAACCCAUUCAGCGGGUAUCCGGUGGAAAUGAUGAGCAGCAGGAAAUGGGAUUUCAACCAGAAUGCUUCAAGCGGUCGUGAUAUUAGCUAUGGCACUCCCGGCGGCGGCGGACGCGGCGGAGGUUCGCCGUCAAGAUAUACUACGGGAAGAAGCAGCCAGCUGUCCCUUACUCUCACUGCUCCGACCGAUCAUUAUCAAGAAGAAGGAUCGUCGUCGUCGUCAACGACGUAUCUAGCGGUGAUCCAAGAGAUGCUGUCUGAAAUCGCCAAAUAUUCGGUUCAGAAUGUGGAUCCUUCGACAUUAUUAUUAACCUGUCCAGCUGAUGACGGCGGCGGCGGAUCUUCCCAUCCUUUUUGUGGGGGGCCCACAGCGAUCUCUCCCGCCGAUGCUGAAUCUAAGCGCAAGCAUCUCCUCGCUCUCUUACAAGCGGUAGAUGAUCGGUACAGCCAGUGCUUGGAGGAGCUGCAUACGGUGGUUUCAGCAUUCCAUGCUGCAACUGAUCAUCCCACUACUGCUGCUACUACUACUUCACGGCGCCGCCCUCAUUUCGCUCUUCAAGCCGCGUCUUUCUGGUACAAAAACCUCAGGGAGAGAAUUGGGAAUUUUAUUCUCGCCGUGGGAGAACAGUGUGACAGUUCGAGCAACCACGGCGGCGGCGGCGUGACGGAGGAGGAGCGGUCGCUAGAGGCGUCUCUUAUCCAGAAGCAGUGGGCUGUUCAGCAGCUGAGGAAGAAGGAGCAGCAGCAGAAUCACUUGUGGAGACCCCAAAGAGGACUGCCCGAAAGAUCCGUCGCUGUUUUGAGGGCUUGGAUGUUUCAAAACUUUCUUCACCCGUACCCAAAGGACACAGAGAAGCACUUGCUUGCGGUAAAGAGUGGACUAACAAGGAGUCAGGUGUCGAAUUGGUUUAUAAAUGCAAGAGUUCGUCUGUGGAAACCAAUGAUCGAGGAAAUGUACGCUGAGAUGAACCGAAGGACUCUUCACCACACCUUGCAAUUGGAGGAAAUCAAUACUAAUGCUUAUGCCAACCAAAUCUGUUAGCCACCCAACCUAAUUACCCACAUCUAGCCAAGCUAGCUAGCUACAGAAAUUCUCCUAUGUAUAAUGAUCCAAGUUGCAUGUACGUACGUAUUCUACAAAUUAGUUAGGUAUAUAUCAUGGAUUGAGUGGAAAAUAUAUAUAGUUUUAACCCCAUCAACACUAUUAUUAUUAUUAUCAACUUGUUGUUAUUUAUCAUUAUUAUUAUCAUUAAUUAUCAUCAUCAUUG